AUGAAUCCGGGAGUGGAAGUGCUUACGUUGGAUCGCGAGUCAUUCACAAAACUUAUUGGUGACUUGGAGGCACUGAAUCGCGAUUACGGUGAUUCGCAGAGACGCGCUACUGUUGUUGUACCUGAGCCGCCGUCGCCGAAGAAAACUGCUCUGGAGAAGGAAUUCGCUGGCUUGCAGUUGCGCAAUCUUAAGAGAAUUGCAACGCUUGGUGUGGGUGGCUUCGGCCGAGUUGAGCUGGUAGUUCUUUUUUUUUUUCUUACUGGCAUGCGCAUGUUUUAG